AGAGGGGUCAACAAUUUUUGUAAACAAACGUGAAUAAUAAAAUUUUUAUUUAUUCAUACUCAAGCAAAAUUCAGAUACAUUUAAAUACUUCUAUGUAUACAAUGGCCAUUAGAUAUUUUUCAAAGAUUAAAAUUCUAAAUAAUUUAAUGAGAAGAUCAUAUCCCCUUUUUAUUAGUGCUGCGGAAACAAAGACUAUGUCAUUGAAAAACCUGAAUUUUAAUAUGAAUUAUGCUUUACAUAGUGUUUACAGAUUUAAAUAUGACUAUCCUUCAAAAUCUUCCCCAUCGAGUGAAAAACCAGAAGAUUCAGACACAGAUGAAGAAAUAGAUGAAAUUGACAAGAAACAUAUUAUAAAGAUUAAAGUACAAUCUAUGAGAGUAGAUCUGGUAUUAAGAUCAUCAUUAGGGAUUGCCAGAAACAAGAUAGAAGCAGCGUUUUACGAGAAUCGAAUAAGGAAAAAUGGAAAAAAAAUUGCGAAAAAAUCCGUUUCUUGCUUCGAAGGAGAUGAGAUAGAUGUUAUAAAAAUGACUGAAGGUCUCGCUAAUCCUAAUAACAUAAUGGUAACCAGAAUAGAAAUUUUAGAAAUUAAUGCUAAAGAAGAUUCAAUUUUAGUAACUGUGAAGAGAUUUAAAAAUCUUACAGUAGAAAAGUAUAAAGAUUAAAAAUUUUGCGGUGUUCUUCGGUUUUUUUCUUACAUU